GCCACGCGCCGUCGUUCGCCGGUCGCCGUCGGGAGCCACUGCCGGUAGCCGUUGUCGGGGGCUUUAUACGUGUAGCUCCUGUUUAUAGCGGCCACCCGCACUGCAGCUCUUCGACCGGCACUCCUGCGCGCACCUCUGCUAGAACCGACGAAAUGUCGAGCAUGGAGAACAGCAGUGAACCCGAGUACGAAAGCCCACCCGGCUCGGACCCUGGAAGCGAUUCGGAAGGCUACAACGCCAACACCACAGCUGCUACAAUCACGGUACCCGACUCAGCUGCCCACGCCACGGCCGAACCCGAUGCGGUACAGCUGGCGCCCGUAGGAGUGGACCAGCGGGACCAGAACGAGGAGAGCUCAGUCUCAGACCCUGGACCGCCGUCCGAGGUGGAUGCCCUGAAUGCCCGCAACUUCCUCGUGGAGGAAACACUGCUGUCAGCGCUCACUUACCAGCCUCGGCCCAGCGAUGUCUUCACCGUCAGCUAUCCCAAGUGUGGCUCGGCGCUCCUGCAGUUCCUGGUGUUCGGUGUCUUGAACCACGGCCACCCUAGCAAAGACUUUGCGGAAUUCGUGUCCCGAUGUCCGUAUCUCGAGUGGAUGGGCAUCAAGUCGGUGCUGGAGAUGCGCAGACCGGGCGCGAUCAAGACGCACCUGCCUUUCGACAAGCAACCCUACAACCCGCAGGCCAAGUACAUCUACAUGGCUCGAAAUCCAUUUGACUGCUGCGCCGCCUACUACAUGCACAUGAAGAGCAUGCCUUUGGCCCGUCCCGAGGCAACCAGUUUCGACACCUUCUUCGACGCCUUUAUCGAGGGAAAGGUCAUUUACGGCGACUUCUUCGACCACGUCCUCUCCUGGUACGAGCGACGACACGACCAGAACGUGCUCUUCAUCACCUACGAGGACGUCAAGAGUGACCCAGGGGCUUGGACCAUCCGCAUCGCGGAUUUCAUUGACCAGCUCUUCGCCAGGGACCUUCGCGACGACCCCGCUCUUCUCUCGAAUGUGUUGAAGAUCGCCAGUGCCAACAGCAUGUCCACGACAUGCAACCAGGGAAUGCGAUCUGUACUGGCCGAUGAACUCGCUAUGACCGUCGGGAUAGAACCCAUAACUCCGGCAGAGUUCUACAAGAGCAUGUUUGCGGAGGCGCUGGAGAUUGCCGAGGGCUCGGACUUCACGCGGAAGCCAAUCUGCGGCAAGUGGAAGGAGCUCUUCAAGCCGGAGCAAGUGCAAAAGAUGAAGGAGUGGAUUGCUCAGAAGACGGCUGGCAGUGACGUUCUCAGCAUCUGGACCAACAGCGAGCUGCCUUGAGUGGAUCUUGGCUAGCUUUAGUGCGGGAAAAAAUUGAGUCGUCGGAAAUUGCGACUCAUGUUGUGUUUCCCACUAAGGGCCGAAAUCCUAAGAGGGACGGGUACGCUUCAACAAAAAGUACUGGGGAAAAAGCAAAUGAUUGAGAUGCCUUUAGUAUUUGCAAUAAACAUCUUGG